AUGACUCAGAGCGUCAAAGAACUUAUCAGCCGUCAAGAGGCUACUUUUAACAACUUAAAGCAGAUUUGCAUUAACUACAAGAAGGACAGCCCCACCAGAAAGAAUGCAGAAUACCUCGAGGAGCGUCUUUCUCGCCUGAACACGACAUGGGAGAAGUUCGUGUACAAUCAUCAACUUCUAGAAGAGUUUGAAGCAACAGACCUUCAAUACUUUAGCGACGAUGUUUACGGCUGCACUAAAAAGAUGUAUGAAGAUGUGUUGCAAGACAUAUCGAAACGGAAGGCGGAAUUAACCACUUCAACUCCGAGCAAGACGGAAACGUCACCGUCCGCUCCAACAACAAAAGGUAAAGGCUCUGCCGUAUUCAGUUUCGAUGACAUUAAAUUUCAUGUACCUCCACGCGAAACUACUGAGACGUCCGAAAAGCAACAAGAUCUAUUACGCAAGCAAUACUGCAACUUUAGAGCGUUUAAACGAACUGUGGAAAAGAUUGACUUAGCCGCAUCCGCUGAUAAAUGGGAGCUAGAAGAUAACUUGAGCAUGUUGAAGACUAAGUGGGAACAGAUCGAAAAGGCGAACUGGGAACUGGACUACAUCUGGCAAGACGAAGAUUCCAUCUAUAAACAAAAAUAUGACGCCGCGGAACACCUUUAUGAUAAUGUUCGGAAAAGCUUGCAACAAAAAAUUUGGAACAACGCUCACUAUGAGAAGUCCACGCCGAAAAUUGCGAUUCCGGAAUUUUCCGGAGACUACACUCAAUGGCUUACCUUCAAGGACCUCUUCCUCGAGAGUGUGCAUAACAACCCGGCCCUUUCCAAGGCCCAAAAAAUGCAGCACCUAAAAACUAAGCUCAAGGGAGAGGCAGAAAAGUUAGUUCAACAUCUCGGCAUCAGUGCGGAAAAUUAUACAUCUUGCUGGGAACUGCUUACGCAUCGCUACGACAACAACCGGCUUCUAUUUAUAACUUACACGAAUACGUUGAUAAACCAGCCCCCCAUUCAAGAAGCAAGAGCCACCAACAUAAGAAAACUACAUGACGUCAUGCUGGAAUGCUUGAAUGGACUCAAGAACAUAGGGCAGGAUAUCACUAACUGGGGUCCGCUAGUUGCACAUUUACUAUCCCAAAAACUUGAUAGUGCAACUCACAGCGAUUACAUGAGAGAUCUAAAGGAUCCGCGAGGUUUUCCGGACCUCGAGGAGUUUACCGAGUUUCUUGAAGCAAAAUUCAUGGCCUUAGAAGCAUUACAAGGAAGCAGCUCCAAGAUGUCCCUUUCCAACAAAUCAUGGAGAACAAAUAAGCAGUCAUUCCACAAAGAAGUAUAUCAAAACAAUUACAAAUACAAUACUCGGAGGUCAAUGCACCAUAACAAGCCAAUAAUUACGCCUAAAGUCCUCGUCGCAACAGCAAAAAUUUGCCCGAUAUGCAAAACGGAUCACGUUUUAAUGAAAUGUGACAAAUUUGUUGCUAUGAACGCAAAGGAACGUGACGACACCGUUCGCAAGUUGCAAGUCUGCAGAAAUUGUCUGUACAGUCAUGGCGAAAAACAAUGUUUCUCCCGCAAAAGGUGCAGAGUUUGUCGUAAACCACAUCAUACACUUUUACAUUAUGAUGAAACUCUGCAAACCAGUAAUAAUCAAGCUAACAACAUAACUACGAGCACGCUAGCAACACCUUUUUCAUCUCACGCUGUCAACAAUGUAACCAACGAAGAGAGAGAAGUACUACUGACGACUUUACGAUUGGAAGUCAAAACUGUAGAUGGAAAUUACAUUCAAUUACGAGGCUUACUUGAUCAAGGCUCACAAGUCAGUCUCAUAACAGAAAACGCAGCGCAGCGACUUAGGCUACCGCGAAGAAAACUGAGCGCAGUGGUAUCUGGUAUCGGAUCGCUAACCGGUAACUGCAAGGGAUCAAUGACCCUAGAAUGCAAAUCAAUUCACUCUGAUUAUCGCUUCAACUUGGAAACACUUAUCAUGAAAAAACUUACAAACAACUUACCAACAACAUCCUUUUCAACAAAAAAUUGGAGUUAUCUGGAAAACUUAAAGUUAGCGGACCCUUACUUCAAUAUCUCAGGUCCGAUCGAUCUACUCUUAGGAGCUGACACUUACUCGGAACUUAUACUAAACGGAAUAAUGAGAAGUGAUAGCAGCUACCCCGUUGCGCAACAAACCAGAGUAGGCUGGAUUCUGUGCGGAAACGUAAAAACAUUUAACUGCUUUGUAACUCUCAACAACUUGGAAGACAUGGCAAGGUUUUGGGAAACGGAAGAAUGUGGCGACACUUCAACUAUAACUAGCGAAGAGGAGCACUGCGAAGAAUACUACAACUUGACCACUUCGAGAAUCGAAAAUGGGCAAUAUGUCGUGCAAAUGCCCAUGAAGCCUAACUAUGAAGCUAACCUAAUCGACACAAAGUCCCAAGCAAUAGCGCAGUUUCUGCAACUCGAACGAAAAAUGCUAACAAACAAAAACCUACAACACGAUUACAAACGCUUUAUGGAAGAAUAUAUUACUAUGGGUCACAUGAAACCUGUAAUCACGGAAAAUAAACCUAGAGUCUAUCUGCCUCAUCAUGGCGUACUGAGGGCAGAGUCAACCACGACAAAGUUAAGAGUUGUCUUCAACGCGUCGUACAAAACGAAAAAUAGCAGCAGCCUCAAUGAUAACAUGUACUGCGGUCCUAACCUACAGAAAGACAUGUUUACCCUUCUCACCAGUUGGAGAACUUACAGAUAUGUCUUCACAGCAGAUGUAGAGAAACUCUACCGUUUCAUCUGGCUUCAUGCAGAACAGCAACAUCUGCAAACUAUAAUUUGGAGAUCUCAUCCAAAAGAACCGCUACAAGAGUGGGAACUGGGUACUGUAACGUAUGGAAUGAAAUGUGCCCCCUAUCUUGCAAUGCGCACUCUACAUAAACUAGCGCAAGACGAACAGGAUAAUUAUCCCGAGGCCUCAAAGGUACUCAGAAGCUCGUUCUACAUGGAUGAUUUGGUCCACGGAAAAGACACAAUUGAAGCAUCGAAAGAACUAGUAGCCCAGCUUGUCGAAUUACUGAAAAAAGGAGGCUUUAACUUACGCAAGUGGAAAAGUAACGAACCGACGAUCUUAGCCGACCUACGAGAUGAUCAAAGAAGCAGCGACGCUCACAUUAACUUCAGCCCGGAACAAACGACAAACCAAACAACAAAGAUGUUGGCAAUGCCAAGAUGGCUGCAGUGCCAUGGCACAGAGAUUGAGAUACACGGAUUCUGCGAUGCCAGUGAAAAGGCAUAUGCGUGUGUCCUUUACAGCCGCGUCCGAAAUCUGAACGGCGAGUAUGUCACCACGCUAGUAACUGCAAAAACUAAAGUUGCGCCGCUCAACAAAAGGAUAACUCUACCUAGGAUGGAACUAUGUGGAGCAUUACUACUCGCUAAACUGAUAGAAAAGGUCAAACAAACACUCGUCGAGAAAAAGCAGAUAAGGUGCUGGAGCGACUCUAAAGUCGUGCUAGCAUGGUUGCAAGGAGAUAUAAACAGAUGGGGAAAAUAUGUAGCGAACAGAGUGGCUCAAAUAAACAACGUAAUCCCUGCGACUCAUUGGAACUAUGUCAGAUCAGAAGAAAACCCAGCUGACUGCGCAAGCCAAGGACUCCUGCCUUCCAAACUGCUAGAAUUUAACCUUUGGUGGGAGGGCCCAAGAAAAAAGGCAGUUAUGUGUUUAUCAACGCAAGAAAUUAAAGCGGCUACAGAGUUGGUGGUCAAAAAUGUCCAAAGGGAGUAUUUCAGCGACGAAAUGGAGCGUUUGGAAAAGAAACUGCCAAUAUUAUCAAAGAGCCCACUGCUGAAGUUGUCUCAAUUUCUUGAUGAAAACGGGUUAUUGCGUGCAAAAGGGCGAUUAAUGAAUUCAACACUGCCUCCGGAAUCAAAACAACCUCUAAUUAUACCCGCUACAGGAAGAUUAACGGAACUCAUUAUUCAAGAGGCGCACCACGACACUCUCCAUGGAGGCGCCAGGCUCACCUUGGCCUAUGUGCGACUUAAGUUCUGGAUCAUUGGGGGCAACAGGACUGUAAAAAGGGAGCUACGACAGUGUGUGAAGUGUCACCGGUUCAAACCUCAUUGGAACGUUCAGCUGAUGGCAGACUUGCCCCAGGAGCGGGUAACUCAAUCCAGACCCUUCACGAAUACUGGCGUUGAUUACACCGGACACGUUGACGUAAAAAUAAACAAAGGGAGAGGAGUGAAAACAUGCAAGGCUUACAUAGCUAUUUUCAUAUGCCUGGCAACUAAGGCGGUACAUUUGGAACUAGUGUCGGAUAUGACCACGCAAACAUUCCUCGCCGCCUUCAAACGACUGUGUGCCCGCAGAGGCACAACCCGGCACAUGUACUCGGAUAACGGAACAAAUUUUGUGGGCGCAGCAAAACUGUUAAAAGAAGACUUUGAAAAACAUGAAACAUUUAAGACAUCCGAAUUCUUCAAUGAGAUGAGCCACCUACAAGUGGAAUGGCAUUUCAACGCUCCCCUAUGGCCAACAGCUGGGGGUCUGUGGGAAGCUGCCGUGAAAGCAAUGAAAUACCACUUAAAUCGAGUGCUGGGGGAACAGAAGCUCACUUUUGAGCAAUUUACCAGCCUGCUAACUCAAAUCGAAGCAUGUCUAAACUCACGUCCGUUGUGCCCAUUAACUGAAGAUAUAGAGGAUCUCGAAUACUUAACUCCUGGGCACUUCCUUACUGGUGGGCCCCUAAUGGGCCCAGCAUAA